GUAUAGAAGGCCAGCACUCAGAGAUAGGGUAGGAACUUGGAGUUUGUGUUUGCUGAAUUGUCUUUAGAUCCUCUCUAAAUUUAAGGCUAAAUUUGGGGGUAUUUUUCUGGGAAUGAUGAUGUUUGAUGAGAUGGGGCUUUGUAGUGAUGUGGAUUUCUUCCCUGCUCCUCUUGGCGAGAAAGAUGGUCCGGCCUCGCAGAAUGAACCAGAGGCUACUGUGGAGGAUGAUUAUACUGAUGAAGAGAUUGAUGUGGAUGAACUUGAAAGGAGGGUGUGGAGAGACAAGAUGCGUCUGAAGAAGCUUAAAGAACAGAGUAAGGGUAAGGAGGGGAUCGACAAUGCCAAACAGCGUCAAUCACAAGAACAGGCUAGGAGGAAAAAGAUGUCAAGGGCACAGGACGGGAUAUUGAAGUACAUGCUGAAGAUGAUGGAAGUUUGCAAAGCUCAAGGUUUCGUUUAUGGGAUAAUUCCAGAGAAAGGAAAGCCAGUAACCGGUGCAUCUGACAAUCUGCGAGAAUGGUGGAAAGACAAAGUCAGGUUUGAUCGAAAUGGCCCUGCUGCCAUAGCCAAGUAUCAGGCAGAUAAUUCAAUCCCGGGCAAGAAUGAUGGCGCUAAUUCUAUUGGCCCAACCCCUCACACCUUGCAAGAACUUCAAGAUACAACUCUUGGUUCUCUCUUGUCUGCUCUCAUGCAGCAUUGUGAUCCUCCCCAGAGGAGGUUUCCCCUGGAGAAGGGUGUUGCACCACCAUGGUGGCCAACUGGAAAUGAGGAAUGGUGGCCUCAGCUGGGCUUGCCCAAGGAUCAAGGCCCUCCACCAUAUAAGAAACCUCAUGACUUGAAGAAGGCCUGGAAAGUGGGUGUUCUAACAGCUGUGAUCAAGCACAUGUCUCCUGAUAUUGCCAAGAUUCGCAAGCUUGUAAGGCAGUCCAAGUGCUUGCAGGACAAGAUGACUGCAAAGGAAAGUGCAACCUGGCUUGCCAUAAUUAAUCAGGAGGAGGCCCUGGCCAGGGAGCUUUAUCCUGAUUCCUGCCCACCUUUGUCCUCGGCUGGAGGAAGUGGAUCCUUGGUCAUUAAUGAUUGCAGUGAGUAUGAUGUUGAACGGGCUGAAGAUGAACCGAACUUUGAUGUGCAAGAGUGCAAACCUUUGAAUCCCAAUUCAUCCAACUUUGGGCUGGAAAGAAUGAGGGCAGUUCAACAACCUCCUUAUGCUAUUAAGGGAGAAGUGGUUAAUAUGGAUUUCAUUCGAAAGAGGAAGCCAUCCAGUGAUCCAAACUUGAUGGAGCAUAAGAUUUACACAUGUGAGUUCCUUCAGUGCCCAUAUAGUGAACUCCGGUUGGGUUUUCAUGACAGGACCUCUAGGGACAAUCAUCAACUGACUUGCCCCUAUGGAGGCUCUUCUACACUGUUUGGGGGGUCGAAUUUUAAUGUCAAUGAAGUGAAACCGAUCAUCUUCCCUCAGCAUUUCGUGCAACCCAAGCCAGCAGCCCCGGUGGCUGCACCAUCAGUUAACUCAAUCCCACAUUCCUUUGACUUAUCAGGACUCGGAGUUCCAGAAGAUGGGCAGAAAAGGAUUGGUGAUCUCAUGUCAAUCUAUGACAGUAAUGUUCAAGGCAACAGGAAUUUAAAUCCUGGUAACAACUCAGUUAAUGAAUGCCAAAGUCUUCUCCAAUCAAAAAUUCAACAACAGCAACAACAACAGGAAGGCUUCUUCCGUGGUCAAGGAGCUGUAAUGGAAGGAAACUUCUUUGAGGAAUCCAGCAUGCCGAAUAACCAUCACAUGUUCUCACAAGGGGAAGGUCAGUUUGACAGGUUUAAGGUCUUGAAUUCUCCAUUUGAGACCAACAAUACCAACAACAACAGCAACACGAACAACAACAAUGGCUUCCAAUUGAUGUUCGGUUCUCCCUUUGAUUUGGCAUCAUUUGAUUUCAAGGAAGAUCUUCAAGCAAUAGGAAUGGAUACUCUGCCAAAGCAGGAUGUGUCAAUCUGGUUCCAGUAACAGAGUUGGGGAGGAAGGACUCACUCCUUCAGUUACUUAGUUUCAGCCAUGAACUGGUGAAUCCAAUCCACAAACUACAUAAUUAAUUUUUAUUGUAUUUGUCUCGUGUUUGUAGCUGGUAAAAAUUUAGAACUUGAGCAGGUCUCAACUGGGACUAGAAUAAGAAAGCACAUGAAGUUGGAGAAAGUCCCAUAAUCCUUCUACUAAUUAUAGAUAAUGACUGUCGUAUGAAUAAGUUAGGUGUAUCAUCUCAUGUUUCCUUUUCCUCCUAAUUUUUGUUUCAGCUUCUUUACCAUCAUUUAUCAUGUGUGGGUUGAAGGAAUCCCAGUUCUUGAAUCUUGAUUGUGAGUGUUUUGUCCUGUAAUGGGUACAUAGUGUUUUGUCCU